UAUCUGUAUCUAAAAAUUUAAUUGUUCCGGAAUUUCUUUUGAAAUUAAAAUUUUUAAAAUUUGCAAUGAAGACCAUAAAAAUUUACAAGCGCGAUGAAGUCGCUCCACAUAAUAAACUUGAUGACUUUUGGGUCAUUUUUUAUGGCAAGGUGUUGAAUUUGACACCAUUUAUUCAGGACAGACUUUUUACAUGGAACUGCAAUUUAUCCUAUUUAGCUGCAUUUGGGGGUAAGGACAUUUCACACUUUUUUUAUGAGAACGGAGAGCCUAUAACUGAAAUAUCUGGACGUUCAGGCGUAAUACGUGUAGUAUUUACACCUAUUCUUGAGACCGCAAGAACUGCGACAGCUAAAUCUAUUAAUGACUUGUGGACCAGAGAUCCAUUGUAUCAUAUUGGCAACAUAACAGCAUGUGUUCGUACUGUACGUAUUGUUAAUACAUUCAUAAAUACUGAAGUCAAAAUGGUUGUUAAUGAAGAGGAUACAUUGGGUAAAAUAUUUAGAAUGUAUAAGAAUAAGUAUAAUCACCAUGCUAGUAGCUACUUGUGGCGUAAAUUUGUUAAUAAUGUUAAAACGCCGAUUGAUUUUUCCACAAACUUGACAGGAAAUGGUUUUCCUCCAGAUGAUGACUACUUGGCUCCAUCCAUUUUUCUUUACUUCACCGAUGAUUUCACAGUAGCUUAGAUUUAAAAAGUAUAUCAAGAGUGUGAUAAGUUUUAUGAAUAGAAACCUCAAAUAUAAUACAUUGAGAAUUUGUUUUAUUUGUAAUAAACGUCGCAUCGAAUUUAGAAUAUACCAAAUA